AUUCUCUGUAGAAUUCGUCCUCUUUGACCUUUCCUUGUUGGAACAAACGAACAUUUUAUUCAUUGAGUACCAGUCAGACAGUCCCACUUACGCACGUGCACGAGUGCACGCAUCUUGUGUUUACAUAGUUUUUUUAGUACACCCGAAAUAUAAAUAUAACCUAGAAUUUUUGUCCACGCGUGCUUCCUGCCGUAAUAAGUAGGGUUAGUUAAAAUUAAUACAGAUAUCAAAAAAAUGAAAAUUACAAAGAAAAUCAAACGGCGGCUGAAAGAAAAACAGCUAGCUCUGUAUGUCCGUUUGCCACAUACAAUUCGAGAUAGAGACGAUGUUGCAAAAUUAUUUACUGGCAAUUUUAAAAUAAAUCUUCCUCGACAAUCUAGUAGAUGCUGCUAUGUAAUAUUUGCUGAUACAGAGGAGAAAAUGAAGAAUUUAAAAACUAUAAAAAAUACAAGGAUAGAUGGAAAACGUAUAGUAGUUGCACCUGCAAAUACAAAAAUUGAAAAAAAAACGACUAUAGCAAAAAAAAAGAUUGUUAUGCCUGAGGUAAAAAUAGAUGCAAAAGUGACAAAACAUCUUUUCGUGUCAAACAUCAAGUGUGGAACAAGAAUUCAAGAAUUAAAAGCAGCUAUUCCUGGUUGUCUAUCUGUUACAAUGCUAAAACCAUACUCAUCAACAUCCAGGGCUGCAUUAAUUAAAAUAGAAAGUAUUCAGUUGGCAACAGAAUAUUUAAUGAACACAAGGGAAAGACCGACUGUAGCAGGAAGAAAAUUAAGGUUUAAUAUAGAUACUAGAGACAGACAUAGAAGACACAAAUCAAAACCUCUCAAAAUUUAUGAUGGUGAACCAGAAACAGAACAAAAAGUUAUUGAAUAAAAGUAAAACUAUAGAUUAUAUUGUACAUUAAAGCAAAAUGUAUAAAUUUUAGUAUUGUAUUAAAAAUUUUUAUCUCCUUUUAAA